AUAAUAUGACUCCAUUAUAUUAAAAUCGUUUGGGGGCGCUUGUAUAUUUAGGAAUGUCGAUAUUGUUUUGAAAGUAGCUAAACGCGAUGAUUUGUUUUUAGAAUUUUGAAUGACAAAAAUAUUUAUUAAAGAUAUUUAAAAGAAAAAAUGCGAUAAGUUGUUUAUAAAUAAUCUUAAAAUGAGAUUGUCUGGAUUUAAAUUUAGUUUUAUAUUAGAUAUGGGAUGCGGUUGUGGAAAACAAAUGAUUGAUGUCAAUGGGAAAAAAUAUACUAUGAAAACUAAAAUUGGCGAAGGGGGCUUCAGUACAGUUUACUUAGUUUAUGGACCAAAUAGACAAUAUUAUGCUGUCAAGUGCAUCAUUUGUCAUAGUAAAGAAGAUGAAAGGAUUUCUAUGCAAGAAGUCGAAUAUUAUCGAGCUUUGAAACAUCCAAAUCUCGUGGAAUGUCUUGAUGCUGCCCUUGUAGGUUCUUGUGUAGGAGCGAGAAGUGCUAGUGAAGUGCGCAUUCUCUUACCUUAUUACAAGAGAGGAACUUUGCAAGAUGAAUUGAUGAUGAGAGCUAAAACAAAUACUUACAUGCCAGAAGAGCGAGUUUUAAAGCUAUUUCGUCAAAUGUGUGAAGGCAUACAGGCUAUACAUUCUGCUAAACCAUUUCCUUUAGCACAUAGAGAUGUAAAACCAGCCAAUGUUUUGCUUGGAGAUGAUGAUAGACCAGUGUGGAUGGAUUUUGGUUCAAUGGGGAAAGCAAGAAUUGAAUUGAAAAAGUCAGCAGAUGCCCGUGCUUUGCAAGAUCUAGCAGCUGAAAAAUGUUCAAUGCCUUAUCGAGCACCAGAAUUAUUUCAUGUAGAAAGUUACUCAACAGUUGAUGAAAGAGUUGAUAUCUGGUCUUUAGGUUGUUGUCUUUAUGCAAUGUGUUAUUUUCAUUCACCAUUUGAACCAGCAUAUGAAAGAGGAGAUAGUAUAGCAUUAGCUGUAUUAAAUGGAAAUAUUGAAUUACCAGAAAACAGUCCGUAAGUGUAUACUUUUAAAAAUUUAAUAAAAUUGGAAUUUUUUCUAUUUAAAUAUCAGAUUAACAUAGAAGAAACUGAGUAUUGUAAAAUGAAGCUAUUUUAAAUGUUUAACUCAAUUUCAGUUGAUAGAAAAAUUUCAUUUGAUAGAAUUUUUCAUAUAGGAAGUAACUUUACUAGCACUUUGUUUGCAC